AUGAAUGAAAGAAAUACAUCUACUAGAAGUUGUACAUUAAAUCGUAGAGCAGUGGAACGUUCUGAAGUGUAUCAUGUAGUUAUUUUCCCAUGUGAUAAUUCAUUUUCUGUUGUUAAAUCAAAACAAUGUUCACCAGCUGAGCAAGAUGGUUUUGUUUUUGUACAAUCUGGCCAUAAAAAAUAUAUGGCAUUUAUUUUUGAGACAGGCAAUUUUGAGAUAUGUAGUAAAGCUGCUGAUCGUCUUGUGCAAAAACAACACGAAGACAUCGAAAGCGAUUACGAACGAAGAAACGAAAAUACACAAUCAAAAGACAUCACUUCAAAUACAUCAGAAAAACCAACAUAUACUACUCUAAAGGAUGUACCGUUCUCUAUUGACGUACCUGUUAAUGUUAUUCACAAUGAUUCACCUCGUCAAACUGUUUCAAAUUUAACAACAACAACCACCACUGCGACCUCUAUUAAUUCGAAUAACUCGUCUUCAUCACCGUCAAUUAGAGAAACAAGUUUAGUUACCAAAAAAAAAUCGUCAACAGUGAAUUCGUCAUCAAAUUUUAAUUGUCAUACAAGACCUACGAUUGACUCAUCACCUUCUCCACCACAAAACAAAAAGAAAAAAAAAUCAAAGAAGAUUCAAGAAGAUAAUAUAUCUUCCUCAGAUAUUGAAUCCGAUAACGAAAAUUUAAUACGAACAAAUGAAAUAAUUAAAACUCCUACAUUCAAUGGUCGACGUAUUACUACUUUAACUACAACAGAUUCUACAAUCAACGUUCCAAGCAGCGUAGAAUCGUAUCUUAAACAAAUGGAGCAGAAGUAUUUUAUUCCAUUACAGCUUUCUCAUGAACGAAUUGAGAAAAUGAUAAAAACAUUAUACAAUAAUCAAUUGAAGAUCCAAAAGGUAUCUAUUGCACUAGAUGAACCAGGUGCUGAUUCCAAUGAUGAUGUAAAUUUUCCAUCUAGUUUGAUAUUUACAUCCACUGAUGGUAUGUCAAGUACUGAUUUAAUGAAAAUUCCAGCUACUAGAGACAAAGCUAAUCUUUAUGUUACAAAUCUCGUUGAAAUACUUUAUACUAUGGAUGAACUAGUGGCAUUAAAACCAGAAGAAACACAUAACGACUAUCGAUAUCAAUUGAUACGAGAAUCCGUUCGUUGUAAGUUUAAAUUAACAAAUGAUCAAUUAGAUCAAUUAUUUAAUGAUUGGCUUCGUGAAGUUUUUCUUGCAAAACGAAGAGUAGCAGUGAGAAAGCUUAAAAUGUCGAUGAACAAUGAAUAG